GACGGCUCUCCCGGAACUCUGCAGCCGCAUCGGCUCUCACAAUUUCAACAUCGGGGUUCGGUCCACCAUGGCGGCUUACGGAUGGAAAUACUGAUGACAGUCCGAAAGAUCGCCUCGAUUUGUACGAUGGGCGCCAAUGCCUCUGCCUUGGAAAAGGAGAUUGGACCGGAACAGUUUCCAGUUAAUGAACACUACUUUGGAUUGGUCAACUUUGGCAACACCUGCUACUGUAACUCAGUGCUGCAGGCUCUGUAUUUCUGUCGACCGUUCAGGGAGAAGGUGUUGGCAUACAAGGUGCAGCCACGUCGUAAGGAAUCCCUCCUCACCUGUCUGGCCGACCUGUUCAACAGCAUCGCUACGCAGAAGAAGAAAGUCGGAGUCAUCCCUCCCAAGAAAUUCAUCUCGCGGCUGAGAAAAGAGAAUGAGCUGUUUGACAACUACAUGCAGCAGGACGCCCACGAAUUCCUCAACUACCUCCUCAACACCAUCGCAGACCUGCUCCAGGAGGAGAAGAGCCAGGAGCGACAGCAGAACGGAAAACUGGUGCAGAAUGGAGGAGGAGGAGGAGGAGGAGGGGGAAGUGCAGGAGGAGGAGGAGGAGGAGGAGGAGGAAGUGAGGGAGGAGGAGAUGGCGAAGGAGGGAAGGAGACACAACAGACUUGGGUCCACGAGAUCUUCCAGGGAACACUGACCAACGAGACGCGCUGCCUCAACUGCGAAGCUGUGAGCAGUAAAGACGAGGACUUCCUGGAUCUGUCGGUGGAUGUGGAGCAGAACACCUCCAUCACGCACUGUCUCAGGGGCUUCAGCAACACAGAGACAUUAUGUAGUGAAUACAAGUACUACUGUGAGCAGUGUCGCAGCAAACAGGAAGCCCAGAAAAGGAUGAGGGUGAAGAAGCUACCCAUGAUCCUCGCCCUCCACCUGAAGCGCUUUAAAUACAUGGACCAGCUGCACCGCUACACCAAACUGUCCUAUCGCGUCGUCUUCCCGCUGGAGCUCCGCCUCUUCAACACGUCCGGGGACGCCACCAACCCCGACCGCAUGUACGACCUGGUGGCUGUCGUCGUACACUGUGGCAGUGGUCCCAACCGCGGACACUACAUCACCAUCGUCAAGAGCCACGGCUUCUGGCUGCUGUUUGACGACGACAUCGUAGAGAAAAUUGACGCGCAGGCGAUCGAGGAGUUCUACGGUCUGACAUCGGACAUUUCCAAGAACUCCGAGUCGGGAUACAUCCUGUUCUACCAGUCCAGGGACUGAACCAGCCAGCGGUAAAAUCCCCAACAGACUGUCACUCAACAGAGGGGGAGGGGCUUAUGCCUGCCACCGGCUCCGCCCAGUACGCUCACAUAAGUAUCCAGGCUUUAUUCCCUGUCGGCGGAGAUUUGCACUGGAGCGCCAACUCGGAUCGGUUGAGACGUGCGCAGGUCGCAUGCCAGCCUCCUGGAUUACGACCGUUUAAAUCCUCUGAGCCCACACUGCAACAAAGCACCUUACAAAACAAGAUGGCCGAUUCUGUAACGCUGGCUUUGCACUGUGGCAUCAGCUGGGAAGACUUAAAGAGUAACGCCAAUCCAAGAGGCUGACAUCGGCGUGUGCACAGCGGUCCAUUCUGGAGGUAAAAAGCAGUCUGGGACUGCCGUGAUGAUGCAGAGUGACCAAUCAGCUGUUUCGGAUGAGACACAUAUGUGACUCGUGCCAGAGGAUGCCAAGCCUCCGUGUCAUGGUUACCAUCGGUGGCAUCGCAGUCUUCUUUAGCGUUUUUUUGUGUGCAUAUUAUUAUACCAUGCUAAAUUAGCUUUCCACAAUGACCGUAAAGCUUUUCCUUAGCUUUACGCUAACACAUAACACACCUCAAAUUUAAAACUAAAAAAGAAAGAAAAAAAAAAAAGAGAAGCUCCCUAAUGAAUCUUCCUCUGGAGACGGAGAAAGACUAAUAUCUGACAGCGUUGUUAGACGUCCCGCCUGUCACAACAAAACCACUGACACUACCUUUAGCUUGACGCGCAGUGAUGCAGUUGCUAGUUUGCAGUGUUUAUAUCAUGAGGUGGUGCUAACGAGAUAUAGUGUUAUAUAGGCAGAACGGGAAAUGAAAACCAGCCACUGGAGAGGCGUCGAUGCAUCUGACAAAUUAGUCUUUGACAGAUAAGAAGGGCUCAUUACUUUCAGUUUUUACUCAACAACAAAAAAAAAUUUUAUUUUGAAUAUUUGAAAAAAUAAUACUUUUUGCAAUAUCUGUAAUUCAACCAUUUACUGUUUUAUUAAUUAUGUCGAGGUUUUAUCAGCAGCUCGUUUGAUUUUAAGAGCUGCAUGAAGACACCUAAAAGUUUGGUAGAAAUCAGUUAACCCCAAAUAUUUAAAUGGUAAAGAUCUAAAACGAUGAGCUUCAAGAUCUGACAAUCCUGUUUUUAGCUUUAAAAAAAAAAAAAAAAACUAGUUGUCUGAGCAGUGAAAGUGGCUGGUGAAAGUUUAAGUUCUCCAGUUCCUGGUGUGUCGUGCCAUUACGGGUCAUGUUUGGUGCCACAGCAGAAAAAAAAAAAGUCCUCAAGGGAAGAUAUUAAACGAAGAUGUUUCAACAGCAUAAGCUAACUUUUUAUUUUUUUGAAGUUGGCUUCUCGUGGUUUUGACUUUACAGUUUGCUUUUAAAGGUUCGUGUUGUUUUAACAUUUUUGAAUUUAAAAACAAAACAAACAAAAAAAAGCCAGAAUAUGCACAUUUGUAUUGUUUUAAAAGGGACACACAAAGAGAAAGACUUUUUCUUUCCUUUAAGUCAGUUCUUACAUCCAAACUGUCACACUACACAAAACCUGUCUGAAUGUUUGUUUAGUGUGUCUUGUCCUUUUAGCGCCUUUUUAAAGCUUUAUUUACCGACUGCAAACUCUAACACCUCCCGUACGCACACCUUGCUACAGCUGGUACAGUACACCUCAUAAUAUCAGCCACCAAUCACACGCUGGCAAAUUUCGACUCUGGCUUAAGUGUUUCUCCUGCAGCUGCAGCUCUGGCAGGCGCUCAGACCUUUUACAUAACAUGUUUUUCACUCCACAAUCAUCCUGAAUUGCUCAAUAACGCUGAGUGACGCUAACGGCCUGCUGAUGUGGAGCUCGUCCACGGUCGGUCGAUGGCGGCGGCGACGCGGUAUAUUUAAUGCAGUAAGACGGUCUCUGUCUGUGUUUGUCUCAGCAGUUUAAAAUGGCUUCCCCCUCCUCAGUAUCUCUUAAAAUCUAAUUCAGGAAAGAGUUCAGGACAGAAACAAAUUCUGAUUCAGUGUUGACUCGGCCUGUUACUGGCAAUAUUAAAGGGUCAUGUCACCAAACAUUUGACUGUAGUGUUGCUUUUUUUUAAAGCAUUAAUUAAACUGUUAAAAGCUGUCGUCGUAAAAUCAGAACCAAAACUAGGAAGUCAGUUAAUUAGUCGAUCGGCAGAAAAAUUAUUUGUUUCUUAAGAUCUAGGAAUUUGUCGUCUGUCUUUCUUGACAGGUUGAAGAUUAAAUAAGAAAUUAAUUCACAUAAAUGUAUUAAAAAAACUAAAUCAAUGAACAGUGAGAAUAAUCAUUAGUUGCAGUUGUAUCAUAAACACAUAAUGUCAGUUCAUUAAAUGUUAGAAUAAUAAAUGUCCCAUCACUUAUUCCCCAGAGUCCAAGGUGGCAUCUUCACAUUUUCAAAUUAUUCAAUUCACAGUGAUAUAAAACAGAGAAAAGCAACAAACCCUAAAGUUACAGAGGCCAGUGGUCAGAAAAACUUUGGCCCUGACAAACAAAUGGUUAAUCAUUAUCAAUAUUGAAGCCAAUUAAUUUUCUAUCUACGAAUUUAACAGAUUACUCGUUUACAGCUCUGGUCUCUUAACGAUUGUGCAAAUAGAUAAACGGUUUAAUUGAUGCUCAUAAAUAGGUUUUAAUUGUGCUGAGAGGAGGAGAAACAGGAGCCAUUUUAAAACUUUUAAAACUUGAGCCUGCUGAUCGGCAACAACCUCCUCUUCUUUCUUUUUUUGUUAAACGCACAAAAAAACCAAAUGUAGGUUCUUUUGGUUUAGUCUUGUUUUUUCUGAAGUAUGUUUUACACUGCCAAGCUCAUGAGGCUCCACCCGACCGGGCUGCCUCGGAUUAACGAGCAAGCUCACCCGGUCACACUCCUUUCGUAACGAAGCUGCAGCAGAUGGGAAGUGAAUGGAAACGCGCGCUCUGUGGCCUGUAUAUGUUCUACAGUAGUUGAGUGGCCUGGGCAGUGGCUCAAUUAUUAUCUGAAUGUUAAAAUGUACAGUAAAAUAAGAGCAGGGCUGAUGCUUGACCUGUAAAAUGCCAUCUGGAUUUGGGUGCGUCUCAAAACUCAAGUCGCUCUCUCUCUCCUUCUAAAAGCAUUUACAAUAAAAAAUUUUUUUACAAGCACAGGAUCAGAGUAACGUGUCGCCCUGAUCCACUCUGGAUAUGUCGGGUUUACCCACAGUGUCUUUGAAUCACCGAGCCUCGAUCCCUGACCGUUGUAUUACGUCGCUGUCUCCCAGAACUCACUGACAGGAAGUACAAAACAAAAGUACAGACUCGCAGGGUGAUAGGCAAUAUUCAUCAUGACCCAUAUGACCUUUACUUCAGGCUCAAAGCUCCAUGUGGCAAACUGCCUGAUUGAGAUAUUGGGGCUGUGUUUGCAGGGUUAAAUAUAUAUAUAUAUAUAUAUAUAUAUAUAUAUAUAUAAACCAAUCAGCGACGACGUGUGCUUUAGUGCUGGCAGUGUUAGGACAAUGUAAUGUUUAUUACCAUUAAAAAAAGGAAAGUUAUCAAGUUGGCUUACUGACUAACUUGGAAAAAAGAGCAAAAUAGUGUCGUGCCAUUUACGGGUCAAUGUGUGAGUGAGUUAAAAACUUUGAAAUAAAACUUUUUCUCAUCAUGAUUUUGUAUCAGAGCUGAAGUAAACACAGCUAAUUGUUGAUAUUUCUAGAGUUUCCAAUCUCUUUUAGUGCUACUCAUUUACAGUCAGUACAAUUCAUGAAAAAUCAAAGGUUAUAAAUAGGAUGAAAUGUCCCAUAGAGAUCCUGGCCAGCGGCGCGUCGUAUGACACACCUGGAUCAGGGCGAGGUAAUGUUAAAACAGUGUUGGUAAAUCCAACGAAAUCCAAACUCAACAGUUACAAUCUGCUCAUUACAACCACAAACGUUUGUGGUCGAGUUCUUGAACGUUUCAUAGUUUUCAAAACGAAGGAGAGGAGGCGACUUCAGCUGACGCGUCCAAAACACUCCACUUCAUCCACUGGGUCGAGGUUUCAAAGUCAACACUAUUUCCCUUUCCUGUCUGUGCUGCUCUUAAACUCAACUAAUCUACAUGAAAGGAUGAUGUUGAUAGAAUUUUUUUUUUGGGUUGAUCCACUUUGUUUCCAUCAGUUCUGCAGUUUUUGGAAGUCAGAGAAAAGAAAAGGUCUGACAAAAAAAUUCAGGUUGUAUCGAGGCACCGGCAGAAUCUGUGGACACCUGAAAAUUGUUGCUUUCAUACGAACCAAAUGAUGUGUUUUAUAUUUGAAGCAUAUUUUAAGCAAACCUUCCUUCACUCACAGUAUAAAAGAACAAAAACAAGCACAAAAAGGCAUCACUUGGGAAAUGGAAGUCCACAGAUUCAGUUUGGAGCUGGUUAUGAAUCUGUGUUGGUUGACGUGUUUGGCCACACAAAGCUUUGGAAACCCAUGUUGAAACAAGGCUCUUUUUUUUUUUUAUUUAAAUACUAUUAAUAUUAUUAUUAUUAUGAAUGUUUAUGUUAACUUCUUUUUCUUAGAUGUUUCACUUGUUUUUGAUAUAUUUUACUAAUUUUAAUAGUCUACCAUUCUUGUGUAGGCAGCUCUGGAUAUUUUUAAGGAUUUAUUUUGGUUUAAUUUUUGGGAGUAUGUGAUGAGAGAUGUUGAUGUGUACAUAAAUACAGAUGUUAUUAUUGGAAUAUAAAUAAUUGCUUGCUUGAAAUAAUCAGCAGAUCUAGAUCAAACAAUGUUAGCAGACAUUAUGUCUCUACAGUACUUUUAUUCUGGUGGUGAAUCAAUAUGCCUGGUGCUUAAAAAGUAACAAGCCCCACCCAUCUGGCAUCACAGGCAGCCUAAACCAAACAGCCCCAAAUGAAUGAUCUCAUAUGUAAUCUGACCGGUCACAGUAUUGUACACAGAAAACUCAAGAAGUUUUCCUAUAAGAAACUGACCAAAAACUGUCACAUGUAUCACUGUGUUAAAGGAAAAAUCCACUUUAAAUUACAUGAGUACUUGAAAAUAUUCAACUGUUGGUGUUUUUCUUUUUGUCUCUUGGCUUGUUUUAUGAUUUGUUGUAUGAUAACUGGUCAAAUUCUGUAAAUGUCCCAUUAUAAUUCCUGAGUUCUGGUAUAUUGAAAAGUUUUUUUUUGAUAACUUAAAAUAUAAAACGGCUGAAAUGAGCUUAUCGCAGAUUAAUCGUAUAUGUCAGCUGAUAAUUGCAGUACAGAAAUUCCAAAGAGGCAUUAAAAGGUAGUUUAGAAACAGCGACACAAUUACAAAUUUAUCAUAUGUCAAAUGUAUUUUUUAAACUGUAAAAUGUUGCGGUCAGUAUAUAUGAUGGCCACGAUUUAAAAAAACUAAAUUAAGGGACUUUUAUUAAAAUGUUUGUUUAUAUUAUACGAUUAUGUAAAAACAUGACUAUUGGCGCACACACAAUAUUGUUACUGGAUCUUUAAAAUAUCAACAUUGUGAUUAUUUACCUACACAAAGUCUUGAGAUCAUGGUUUCCGGUUGAUGUUUUCCCGAUCUAAAAUAUGGUGUCGUCGGUAAAAAGCUUUAGUUUUCUACCAACAUUAACCCGUUAAAAUAACAAGAAAAUGGGCCAAAAAUUAGACUAAUUACUAGACUCAAUAGACUAAUUUACAACAACUAAUAGUUGAAUGUUUAACGUAUUUAGUAACUCGUUAAACUCCUGUAUGUUCGUUAUUGACAAAAAAACAGCAAAUUAAAACCUCUGCCAUUGGUGUUGUAGAAAGGCAUUAUGGGAACUGUAGGAAAUUACUUCCUAAAGUAGAUGAGCAGGGGGAAAAGCAGAAGCACCAACAUUUUGUUGAGAAAUAACACUGCAGAUGGAUUUUUCCUUUAACAGUUGAAGUUUUCGUGUCCUGAAAUCCCCCCCCCCCCCCCCCCCCCCCCCGGGCCUCGGUCAUCCACAUCAUCCCCUUUUAAGACUCACCAAGAAUGUAAAUGUUUUGAACCUAUUAUGUGAUGGACGAGAAGUGACUCAAUGUGUCAUUAACGUACUAGCGUGCGAUGUGACGGCAGUCUCACACACACAAACAACAAAACUGCUUAUUUAUUUACAUCAAAUACAGCUCUGUGUCUGUUGGAAAAAGAUCAUUUAAUAUUUUGCAGCUUUGUGAGACUGAAUUCAAACUUUAAUAACAUUCAAUUAUGGAGUAUAUAAAAAACACAAGAAUCUGGUUUGGAUUCAUCUUGAGCAAUGGAGCAUUGAAGUGCAACAGACUGGUUAAAAAGCUGGUUCAGUCUUUUCUGAGAGAUUUGUUCUUAUUCUGGCACCGCUCUCAGACACAGAGGGUUUUUGUGGCAGACCUUUAACUGGCCAUAAAUUGUUCGAAAUUGCUGAGGCUGACGCUUCUUCAUUUUAGCUGCAAACACAUCGCAAUGACAGAGCAUCAAGUCCUUCUCCUCUGUGCUCUGUUUGUGUUUGUGGGGCUGCGGCUGCUGCACAUACUGCUGUCUGAAGUUCACUCUGAAUACAUGUAGAUGCAGUGAAGUUUGGGAAUGACGGCUGGUUCUGAUGGUGUCCAAACUGUUUGAAAUAAAACACAAACUGGUUUUGAAGAUGGAAUCUUA